AUGGUAGUGUUUUCGAAACUUCAAGAGGCCCUCGGCCGCAAGCGUGCCAAUACCGAAGACGAGAUUGUCGCGGCUCCCGAACCAGUGGACGAUGCCGCUGUUAGGGAAGCCGCUGAUAUCCCUGACGAAAAGAUCGUCGAAGAUCUUCCCAGCGAGAAUGUGCAGCAUGGUGUCAAGCUGGCGCAAGCUUUGUCUCUGACCUGGGGCACAGAGUCGCUGGUUGCCAUCUUCAUCUUCAUGUGGUUGCUCUACCUUACCAACGGAUUCCAGAGCUCGGUCCUGUACAGCUUGACGCCGUAUGCAGCCAGCGAUUUCGAGUCGCACUCCCUGCUCCCCGUCAUCGAUAUCGUUUCAAGCGCAAUGACGGCCUCGGUGUAUAUCCCUUUGGCCAAGAUCUUGGAUCUUUGGGGCAGAGCUGAAGGCUUCCUCCUCAUGGUCAUCUUCGCUACUCUCGGAAUGAUUCUGCUGGCUGGCAGUCAGAAUCUGGCUACCUACUGCGCAGCUACCGUGUUCUGGCAACUUGGGUGGUCCGGCCUUACCUACAGCAUCGAUGUCAUCACGGCCGACUCCACAAACCUGAAGAACCGAGGUCUGGCCUUCGCCUUCACUUCGUCUCCCUACAUCAUCACCGCUUUCGCUGGACCGAAGUCCGCUGAAGGCUUCCUUGAUAACGUCAACUGGCGCUGGGGCUUUGGAUGCUUCUCUAUCGUUUUGCCUGUCGUUGCCGCUCCUCUGUAUGGCAUUCUCAAGUGGAACAUCCACAAGGCCAAGAAGAGAGGUGUCUUGGUCCGUGAACCGAGUGGUCGGUCGUUCUUGCAGAACAUCUGGUGGGCGCUUGUGGAAUUUGAUGUCCUCGGAGUUGUUCUGUUUGCCUGUGGCCUCGUCACUUUCCUUCUCCCGUUCUCUCUUGCCAGCACUGCUCCUGAUGGCUGGUCCUCCGGUUACAUCAUUGCGAUGAUCGUCACCGGCUUCGUCGUUCUUGGACUCUUCCUUCUCAACGAGCUUUUUUUCGCCCCGGUACCCUUUUUGAAGUUCAAAUUCUUUGCCGAUCGAACCGUCAUGGGUGCCUGUGUCCUCGACAUCACUUACCAGGUCGCAUACUACUGCUGGAAUAGCUACUUCACAUCUUUUCUCCAGGUCGUGAACGACGUCUCCGUUUCAGAGGCAGGGUACAUCAGCAAUACCUUCGACGUUGUCUCUGGCGUUUUGCUCUUUAUCGUUGGAUUCUCCAUCUCCAAGACCGGCCGUUUCAGGUGGCUCCUUUUCGUGGCGGUCCCGCUCUACACCUUCGGCCAGGGCCUGAUGAUCUACUUCCGCCGGCCUGGCCAAAGCGUUGGAUAUCUUGUUAUGUGCCAGAUCUUCACCUCCAUUGGCGGAAGUGUCUUCAUCCUUUGCAUGCAGGUCGCUAUUCUCGCUGCCGUUGACCACCAGCAUGUCGCCGCAGCCCUUGCUCUGCUGAGUGUGUGCGGCAACAUCGGUGGUUCCGUGGGUAAUACUGUGUCGGCCGCAAUCUGGACAAACACUUUUGAUGGUGCCUUGGAACGGUACCUUCCUGCGUCUGCUUUGGACAGUGUGGCUGACAUUUACGGGGACCUCGACACGCAAUUGAGCUAUCCCGUCGGCCGCGAUGAGCGCAUCGCGAUUCAAAACGCGUAUGGGUAUGCACAGACAAGAAUGCUGGCUGCCGGCACGUCAGUUAUGAUCUUUGGAUUUGUGGCCAUGUUCAUGAUCAAGAACUAUAACCUCAAGAAGAUGACUCAAACAAAGGGACUGGUCUUCUAG